AUGCGAUUCGGCACUGUAGAGCGCGGCGGCGGUUGUACUGUCACCGGCCGAGAUUCGGUGGACCCCUGCCUGCGGCUGGAGUGCGGGCCGUGGGCGCAGUGCCAGAUGGAGUCGGAGGUGGCGUCGUGCGUGUGCCUGCCCUGCCCGGCUCACCACGACUCGCGCGGCCCCGUCUGCGGCUCGGACGGCCGCGACUACGGCUCCGAGUGCCAGCUGCGCGCCGCCGCCUGCCGACAAGGCCUCGACGACCUCUAUCUGCGACACCGUGGCACAUGUGUGGAUCCAGAUGCUUGCAGAGGAGUGGUUUGCGAGGAACCCGCCGCUGUGUGCCACCACGGGGUAUGCACUUGCAAGUCCAGCUGUCCUCGCGACGACCCUAAGCAGCGCCUCUGUGGCAGCGACGGACGCACAUACGACAGCGAAUGCGAGCUGCAGCUGGCGUCCUGUCUUAGGCCACGAGGACAGCACCCCAUCACCGUGGCCUCCCUGGGCGAUUGCAGAGACGUCAGCGCCGAGGAGGAUCAGCAGAUGGUUAAUGGUCCCGCCUGCCAAACAUCGCCAUUGGGAUGCUGUCCGGACGGUGAGACGCCUGCAGACAAUGGAUGUCCACCACCAGGGACAGAAGAUGACAGCGACAAGUGUGGCUGCAAACGAAUCGGUAGCACGUGA